ACUCUGCUGACAAUGUGAACUUCAGUCACUGUAAGACCGUGGGGGUGAAUCUGUUACAUACCUAAAGAGGAUUUGAUCUGCAGUCUUCAAAGGAAUGAGGAACCAGAGCUGAUGGAGUCAGAGUAAAGAAGCAGAACCUCUCUGCAGUGCUUGAACCAGUCAGCAUCAGGAUCUUCAUGGUGUGUUCGACGAGGAGAACUAUUCUGCUGGAGGCAGGUUCGCGCUCAUGUCGACAAACGUAGAGAUGAGAGUCUGCUGGAUGUUGGUGAUCGUCCUUGGCUGCAGCUGGUCAGAAGCUUCAAAAUCCCUGGGCAAAGACUGCGGAAAUGUUCAGUUGAGAAGUUUCUGUUCAAUCUGCAACACACCUGUACUGGUGCCGUGCCCAAACAUCACCGCUGCUGAGAUGGUCUUCAAACUCUUUAAGGAUCAAGAAUACCUCUCCAACAUUUCGUGCAUCCACAGUAACAGUACGCUGACCUGUGAAUUGUCCAAAACCAGUGCUGACAUCCAGGUCCAGAAGCACCAGCAGGAGAAAUCUGUCAGUUUUCUCCUGACUGGAGUGACUGACAGCAGCCAGGGCAUCUAUGGAUGUGAAGGCACUAAAAAGUUUCCUCCUCCCAUGAUAACGGUACAGAGUGACGUGAGGAUCCAGGUUCUUCAAGAUUUCUUUUUUCCAGGGCAUAUCUGCAAGUGCAAAGAGAACAGUCGUCCCAGCGGGGAGGACCCACAAUUCAGAUUGGACUUGCUGUUGAUUAUUCUUGUUGUACUGCUCAGCAUCUACAGCAUCAUUUUCACCAUCAUUGCAGUUGUCCAGUGGGUGAAGCAGAGAAGCACAGAUUCUCACAACGACUACAUCAACACCAAGCCCAGAGCACCACAAGAUCGCAAGAGGAACAAAGGCGUUCAGAAACCUGUGCCGCGGCACUUCUGAGAAUCCUCUCCCACUAAUUGCACUCACUUCGUCACUAACAGCACUAGACACAGCUGUACACUGUAAAAGCAUGAUUUUAUUUUUUUUUAUUUGCUUUUUUAUGUCGUAGCAUUUCAUUUGUCCGUUGUGAUCAAUAAAACGUUUUACCAUGAA